AGAGUAUCAGAAGCAACCUCAGAAAAAGCUUUUAUUUACGUUCAGCUGGCUCUCAUUAUUUGUCCCAAUAGCACGAAUGGUCUCAGUGCUUUUUACUGACACCAACCGGCAAGGAUUCGUGGCUGCCACUUCAGAGAGAAGGAACAUAUGAAGGAAGUGAAUGAAAAAGACCAACUCUAGAUCAAAGCACAGUGGACAGCUUGGCUACAAGUGAGGAUUUCAAAUGGAGUCCGCAGUUUCACAGAUUCUUCGAACUGCAGUCCCACUAACUAGCUUCACCACUGCCCUGGAUGACAUCACAGGAACAAAUACGACUGUCACAGAAACAAAUGCUUCCUGUGAAUUUUCAAAGAUCCCCUCUCACCCUGCUUUCAUAUUUGCAUACUCACUAGUGUUUCUCGUCAGUCUGGUGCUUAAUUGCAUCACGAUGCGGGUUUAUUUCUUUUCCAACCAGCGCGUUCAGUCCAGCGUCACAGUCUACAUGAAGAACCUGGCCGCAGCUGACUUCUUCCUUUGCCUUUGUUUGCCUUUGCGCAUUGCUAACUACACCAACAGUUCAGAUAUAAUGCGCAAUAUUUACUGCAGCUUUGGAGCAUCAGCAUUCUAUCUAAACAUGUAUGCAAGCAUUCUAUUUAUGGACUUUAUUGCUGCGAACAGGUACCUGAAGAUUGUCCGGCCAUUGGAGACUCAUGCUCUGCAGACGGUUCGUACUGCUCGACACAUUUCCAUAGGAACAUGGCUUUCCCUGUUAGCCAUGUCUUCCGUCUACUUGAUCCUCUUUCUCCUGACCUCUUGGGGUCAUGUUCACAAGCCUGAGAAAAGCGGCUGCGAGGCCUUACACAGUCCCCAGCUCAGUCUGGUCUACAAAAUCACUCACAGUGUGUCUAUGGUGCUCUUCACAUUUGUGCUGGUGUCUCUGAUUGCUUUGUACUGGGGCACUUUGCAAAAGAUCAGACAAGCUCAGUUGUCCACACAGUCCACAUCCAGAAACCAUAAAUUCAGAAAAUCGAAGCGUAACAUGCUGGUGCUCGUGGUGGUUUUUUGUGUAUGCUUUGUGCCCUACCAUUUGGUUAGGCUGCCUUACGCAUUCAUCAAACCUCAGACGAAACUCUGCACGGCGCAGGCAUUCUACGUCCUGAAGGAGCUGACUGUCCUGCUAUCGGUGCUCAAUGCUUGUCUGGAUCCUCUUAUAUACUUUAUUUUCUGCAAGGCCUUCAGAGCCCAGCUGGGCCUCAGGAGGAUGUCAGAUUCAAUGAGAGACAGCGACGAUAAAAGCCAGCAAAGACGAAUGAGCAACAUGUUGAGCUACAUUGAAACAAAGGUAUCAACAUUACGACGUGAAAGUGUCAUUUAACACAAAAAUUCUCUUGAAGGAUGACACUGUGCUACUAACAAUGCAGAUAAAGGCUUAUUAAAUCUAAUGCCGUGUAAUACAUCAAUUUAUUAGGUUCCUUCCUGUUACUACAUGCAACAUUUUAUUUUCACUUUCAGUUGAUUACAGCAUGAAGAUGAUAUAGAGAAUUGGUUUUGGGAUAUUUUAUUUAACUGACUGUAAAUGUGACCACUUCUACCUGACCAUCCAACCAGAAACUGGAAUUGGGGAUGAGCUUUUUUUCAAGUGCAAUAUAAUUAGCAUACUAAUAGACAACACACACACACACACACACACACACACACACACACA